CCAUGCCGGUGCUUUUACGAGCCGUCGGAUUUGGGAGAUCUUCCAAUACCAACCGGAAUUUACGGCCCAGCUCGGGGGCAUCCGGCGACCGUCUUCGUAGACCAUCUCAGAUGUCAGCAGGAGCACAAUCAUCUGCAACAAGACAUUCACAAGGAGACAAAGAUAAAGUGGUACAGAGUCGAAUUCAUGAUCAAGAACCAGAAGUAAAAGAACCUGAAACAUGGGGUAAUAGAUUUCAUCGAAUGUAUAAAGAAUACCAUAUAAAGUAUCUGUUCCCAUUGAUAUUCAUCAUGUUUUACAUGUUAAUUGGUGCAAUUAUAUUUUAUUUAUUAGAAAGUGGAACAGCUGAAGAUGCGGCAAAUGAAGAAGAUUAUAAAUAUAAACGGGAACGUCGAUUACUACUUCUCCGAAUGGAAGAAUUAGUUCAAGACACUGCGAGUCGUCGCCGAGCGUAUCGAAAAAAGGCUUUAGAAGAAGCGAUCGAUAAUUAUGAACAAAAACUGGAUUUUGCUGUUAAAAACGAAUCACAAUGGACGUUCAUGUCAGCAAUGUAUUUUGCAGGAACUUUAUUCACAACAAUUGGAUAUGGAGAUAUUGCAUGUAUAACAUCAGCUGGAAGAAUUGCAACAGUUAUCUAUUCAUGUGUUGGUAUUCCAUUUAUGUUGAUCACUUUGAACGACUUGGGAAAAUUUCUUUACAAUAAUAUUAAUGGAUGUGUUAAAGGAUUCGAAGACUUCACGACAUAUUUAGGAGCUUUUAGACUUUGUAAUAGAAGAGGAAAUGGAAAUUUUCAAAAAGGAGAUGAACUUGUAACACUUGAAGCAGGUACAACUGGAACAACCGAUGCACCUGAAGUGAGCUCAUUGGCAUCCGAAUUAGGAAGUGAAAGAAAUGAAAGUGAUUAUGAAGAUAUUGAAGAUGAAGAAGAGAGAUCAAUGCCUAGAAUGAGUGUGAAGGUUGCACUUGGCAUCACCGUCGGAUGGAUUUUCUUCUGUUCGGCUCUUUUCAAACUUUGGGAAGAUUGGUCUUAUGGACAAUCUUGUUAUUUUAUGUUUAUCUCUUUGUCAACUAUUGGAUUGGGAGACGUUUCCGUACAAAGAAGAGAUAUGAUGGUGCUUUGCUUUGUAUUUGUCAUUGUUGGACUUUCCCUGGUCAGUAUGACAAUUAAUGUGAUCCAAGUUGCACUUGAAGAUUUCUAUGUCAAUUUGAUUAUGAAACUCAUUUUGGAUUAUCAAGAGAAGAUGGCUGCAGGAGGAGAUCAAAUGGGAGCAUCAGUUGGCAUGAUGAGAAUGUGGGGAAAUAAUAAAACUGCGAAACUUUUGAUGCCACUUUUGAGUAAAGAAAAAAAGAAGAUUGCAAUGGAAAAAGUUGAAGUAAAAGCGAAAAAUAACGGAAUCGAGGUUCCAGCUAUUUUAACCGAUUUGGAUGAAAAAUCAGGAAUGCCAAAAUUAUUCCAUAUCGAAGAAAACACAGAAAACGAAGAGCCACCAAAGAUUCUCGAAGAACUCGUACAAAAACAAAUAGAAAUCGAGGAAGCCGCUGCUGAGAAUGCCGUUCUUUUUGUUGCUCAUGAUGCAAAUACUCAGACUGAUAUUCUUCAGCAAGAAGAAAAGGGGCACCAAACUGAUGAGAAGCAAUAUGGUGAAGAAGCUGUUCAAACUGAGGCAAUGCAGAGUGAUAAUCAAGAAUGUGAAACGCAAACAGAAGUUGUUCAUAAUUCGAUUGCUGAAACUCAAACAGUUAUAGUCGACUAUUCGGAAGCUGAUACAAUGACCCAACCAGUGAUAGUUAAUGAAUCUGAUAUGCAAACGGAUUAUGUGCAGACCAAAGAGGAAGAACUUCAAACAUAUAUUGAUAAAAAUGAUAUGGAAACAUUGACUGAAAUUGAAACUAAGAAUGUUCGAAUUCAGACACCUCAGCCUGUCAUUGAACAAAAAUGCAUACAGACUGAGGAUUUGCAUGAAGACCGAAAGUCUCCAUCAAAAAUGUCAUCAGCCAAGAAAAGACUGCGUCGAGCAUUUGCGGGUAAAUCAAAACCAUCUCGAAACAGUGUUGAACAUCCAGUGAUGAGUGACUGGAAAGAUGUAGAAGAGAGUGAAACAGCACCAGAUGAGGAGGAAGAAGAAGAAAUUGGAUCCGUUGAAUCACUUCAUUGGGAUCCAGUUGAUGGAAUGCAUGCCGAAAAGCAGUUACCGGUGAAAAAGCUGAAAGCAAUGUUUGAUUCUCCAAAAGGACAACGAAAAUUAGAAAGAAAGUAUUCGUCAUUCAAUAAAAAACGAGAGAAUUCGAGGUCCCGUAACAAAUCGGAAUAAUUGUCAUUCAUCGUCAUUGCACAAUGUCAUCUGAUUUCUUCUCAUCGUCACCUCAUCUUCGAAUCCAAGUCAGUGAUCUCCGCCCAUUUCUUUUCUCAACCCCAUUUCUUUCAUUUUUCGGGCUUUUUCAUUGUUUUUAUCGACAAAUUUUACAGUUUCAUUCUGAAAAUUUGUAUUUUUACUAUUUAUUGUUCUGCCCGGACACUUAUAUAAACUUGUUU